AUGUGGCAACACGAGUCGAAGUCACGGGAAGCAGACGGCAGCUCAGCUCUGAUUGGUGGGACUCCAGUAGUGUCGAGCCGCUAUUGGAUCCAACGGUUGACCAAUCGUCUUGUGAGUCAGGCUAGCCAUUCCUUGGCCCAAUCAGAACAGGGCAAGAAUCCACCAAUCAGCCUUCCGACUUUCCUCAUCAGUGGGCCUAUCUUUGCAGCGUUGGCUGGUUCCACGCCAUCUCGGCCUACAUACAGGCAUAGGCGCAUGAGUGCACACACGCAUAGGCAUAGUCUGUACCUGUCUGUCUGUUUGUCUGGCUGGCUGGCUGACUGGCUAGUUCAUAAAGGGACCGAUGCAGAGACACAAACAGGGACAGGUCGAUUGUCUCGCCUCCUCCGAUGA